ACGCGUUGAAAAUUUUCAGUCGAGCGCUGAUACCGAACUAGGAAGGUCGGUCUAGGCAGAGAUUCUCUACUCGUCUCGCGGGCUUCUUACACAACACUUAAGCGCAGAGCAAAGAAUAGAAAAAAUUUUGAGAAUAGAAAAAGUUAUAUAUAUAUAUACCGUGGUGGUGGAAAAUAGUUGGAAAAAUAUAUGUAUAUACUACCAUAUAGUAUAGAAGGAUACUGAAAAGUUUUUAAAAGUAUAAAAUAUCGAGUACAAACCGCUACGCUUAAGCGGAAACAGUUUAACGACAGUAUUUGAAAUAAAUAGAAAAAAAAAUACCUUUAUAAAGUAUAAAGUGCAAAUUAACGUUAAUCACCUACAUAUACGUCCAUCAAGGGAGUAUUUCGAAACGCGCAAGGGGUACUUUGUGACCCCCGAAAAGAAACAACUGUAUAAUAUCGAAUAGAAACAGGAAAAUUAUUGUGUAAUACCACCCCGAGUAGCUGCUACAGCAGUAAGCUUUGGUCACAGAUUUUUCGCUAUAAAAUUUUCCAUCUAAAAACGGCAAAAGCCACAACAUGAGUAACUCUCAGCAUGGAAGAGCGGACUCUUAUCGUGUCGCUACGGUUAUACCAACCGAUGACGACAAUCGUACAGCCGAUGGUCACUUAAGGUCUAAACGCAGGAUGCCACCAAAACCGGCUAAGAAGGAGAAUCUUGAAGAUCUCAAGCAGGAGUUAGAUAUCGAUUUUCAUAAAAUCUCUCCUGAAGAACUGUAUCAACGCUUUCAGACACAUCCAGAGAAUGGUCUGAGCCACGCCAAAGCCAAGGAGAACCUAGAGCGAGAUGGCCCUAACGCGCUUACGCCACCUAAACAAACACCCGAAUGGGUGAAAUUCUGUAAGAAUUUAUUCGGUGGCUUCGCCAUGUUGCUGUGGAUUGGUGCUAUACUUUGCUUUGUGGCCUAUUCCAUUCAGGCCAGUACCAGCGAAGAGCCCUCAGAUGAUAACUUGUAUUUAGGUAUCGUACUUUCGGCUGUAGUUAUAGUUACCGGCAUUUUCUCAUACUAUCAGGAAUCGAAAAGUUCAAAGAUUAUGGAAUCGUUCAAAAACAUGGUACCCCAAUUCGCCACUGUCAUUCGUGAGGGUGAGAAACUCACAUUACGCGCUGAAGACUUGGUGUUGGGCGAUGUCGUUGAAGUGAAGUUUGGUGAUCGUAUCCCCGCUGAUGUACGCAUCAUUGAGGCGCGCAACUUUAAAGUGGAUAACUCAUCGUUGACUGGCGAAUCUGAGCCACAAUCACGUGGUGCUGAAUUUACACAUGAAAAUCCUUUGGAAACUAAGAAUUUGGCUUUCUUCUCUACCAACGCUGUCGAGGGCACGGCCAAGGGUGUUGUCAUCAGUUGUGGUGAUCACACUGUAAUGGGCCGUAUUGCUGGCUUGGCCUCUGGUUUGGAUACUGGCGAGACUCCAAUCGCUAAGGAAAUUCAUCAUUUCAUUCACUUGAUUACCGGUGUCGCCGUAUUCUUGGGUGUGACUUUCUUUGUCAUCGCUUUCAUCUUAGGUUACCAUUGGUUGGAUGCUGUCAUCUUUUUGAUUGGUAUUAUUGUAGCGAACGUACCAGAAGGUCUACUGGCCACUGUGACUGUGUGUCUGACAUUGACUGCCAAACGUAUGGCAUCGAAGAAUUGUUUGGUUAAGAAUUUGGAAGCUGUGGAAACUUUGGGCUCCACCUCAACAAUUUGCUCCGAUAAGACCGGCACCCUCACCCAAAAUCGUAUGACCGUCGCCCAUAUGUGGUUCGAUAAUCAAAUCAUCGAGGCCGAUACAACUGAAGAUCAGUCGGGUGUGCAAUACGAUAGAACCAGCCCUGGCUUCAAGGCGCUCUCUCGCAUUGCUACCCUCUGUAAUCGUGCCGAAUUCAAGGGCGGUCAAGAAGGUGUACCAAUUUUGAAGAAGGAAGUCAGCGGUGAUGCCUCCGAAGCUGCGCUGCUUAAGUGCAUGGAAUUGGCGCUAGGUGAUGUAAUGAAUAUUCGCAAACGUAACCGCAAAAUCGCUGAAAUUCCAUUCAAUUCGACCAACAAAUACCAAGUCUCCAUUCAUGAAACAGAAGAUCCCAGUGAUCCCCGUUAUUUGCUUGUCAUGAAGGGUGCACCCGAACGUAUUUUGGAACGUUGCUCAACAAUUUUCAUUAACGGCAAAGAGAAGGUAUUGGACGAAGAGAUGAAAGAGGCUUUCAAUAACGCUUACAUGGAACUUGGUGGUUUGGGUGAGCGUGUGCUCGGUUUCUGCGAUUUUAUGCUGCCCUCCGAUAAAUACCCCACUGGCUAUAAAUUCAAUACAGACGAUGUUAAUUUCCCCAUUGACAACUUGCGUUUCGUCGGUCUUAUGUCUAUGAUUGAUCCACCACGUGCUGCUGUACCCGAUGCCGUCGCCAAGUGCCGUUCAGCUGGUAUUAAAGUUAUUAUGGUGACUGGUGAUCACCCUAUUACCGCUAAGGCUAUUGCCAAAUCGGUUGGUAUCAUUUCUGAGGGCAAUGAAACAGUUGAGGAUAUCGCACAGCGUUUGAACAUCCCUGUCUCGGAAGUUAACCCACGUGAAGCCAAGGCAGCUGUUGUGCAUGGCGCUGAAUUACGUGAUGUUACAGCCGAUCAGUUGGAUGAAAUUCUACGCUAUCACACUGAGAUCGUGUUCGCACGUACCUCGCCUCAACAGAAAUUGAUCAUUGUGGAGGGUUGUCAACGCAUGGGUGCUAUCGUGGCUGUAACCGGUGAUGGUGUGAACGAUUCACCAGCGUUAAAGAAAGCCGAUAUUGGUGUUGCUAUGGGUAUUGCCGGCUCUGAUGUAUCCAAACAGGCUGCUGACAUGAUCUUGCUCGACGAUAACUUCGCUUCGAUUGUGACUGGUGUUGAAGAGGGUCGUUUGAUUUUCGAUAACUUGAAGAAAUCCAUUGCCUACACACUGACAUCCAACAUCCCCGAAAUUUCACCCUUCUUGGCUUUCAUCCUUUGCGACAUACCACUGCCACUGGGUACCGUCACCAUUUUGUGUAUCGAUUUGGGAACUGACAUGGUGCCUGCCAUUUCCUUGGCUUAUGAAGCUGCUGAGGCCGAUAUUAUGAAGCGUCCACCACGUGAUCCAUUCAACGACAAAUUAGUCAAUUCAAGAUUGAUUUCGAUGGCCUAUGGUCAAAUUGGUAUGAUCCAAGCUGCUGCCGGUUUCUUCGUGUACUUUGUUAUUAUGGCUGAAAAUGGUUUCCUACCCAUGAAACUCUUCGGCAUUCGUAAAAUGUGGGACUCCAAGGCUGUUAAUGAUUUAACCGAUUCAUAUGGACAGGAAUGGACCUACCGCGAUCGCAAAACACUCGAGUACACUUGCCACACUGCUUUCUUCGUAUCAAUUGUUGUGGUACAAUGGGCGGAUUUGAUCAUCUGUAAGACACGACGAAACUCCGUCUUCCAGCAGGGCAUGCGAAAUUGGGCAUUGAACUUUGGUUUGGUGUUUGAGACCGUGUUGGCGGCCUUCCUGUCGUACUGCCCCGGCAUGGACAAGGGUCUGCGCAUGUAUCCAUUGAAAUUCGUUUGGUGGUUACCAGCCAUUCCAUUUAUGUUGGCCAUUUUCAUCUAUGAUGAAAUUCGUCGAUUCUAUUUGCGUCGCAAUCCCGGCGGCUGGUUGGAACAGGAGACGUACUAUUAAGCAGCGAAACCAACAGCAGCUGCAGUAUGUUCAAAUACACAACAAAAACAAAAACAACAACAACAACAGCAACAGCAACAAAAUAGCAAUGGCAUUUGUAAUAAAUAUAGCAUGUAUUAUGAUAACAACAAGAACAACAGCAACAAAUGCGAAAAUAUUAUAUUUGAAUUUUACGAAACGAGUGUGAAGGAAAAGGUAGCAUAAUAAAAACGUGCGCGCAGUAGUGGUCGCGUUGGCGGCAUACAAUUAAUUAGCAACAACAACAAUGGCAGCCAACAUCAACACAAACAACAAUAGCAAUACCGAAAAUCUCGCUGCAGCGAAUAUAUAUAAUAUAUAGAGCUAAAAAUAAAUGUAUAAAUAAAUUAAUGCGACCACCACCAUCACCACAACAACAACAACAACAACAGCAACAAGCAGAAUUAUUUUUUUAAUUUUAAUUAUUUAAUAAUAAAGAAAAGGAUAAUUAUUUAAACGAUUAAGUAAAGUUAAAUUAUAAAUUAAAUAAUGGUAAAAUAAUAUGAAACAAAAGAAAUAAAAAAAACAUAAUAAAAAGCAAACAAAAAAAGUAAAACGAAAACCCAGCCACACAUUACACAAUAAAAAAAAAUAAAUAGCAGUUGUUUUUUGUAAGAAAGCUCUUUAAGAAAGAUUAGUAGCUCUUUAGGAAGCACGGAAGGAGGGAAGAAAGGAAGAAGGGAAGGUAAAACUAGGAAAUAAUAAGACGCACUACAACAAAUCGCUUGCAGUACUCAUGUGACUAUUUAUGAGAAAUCGGUGUAUACAAUGGCGUAAUCAGAAGGUUCUUUUAUAUGUAGAAAAGCGAGUAGUGGAGGACUUGUUGUUUGCUCUUAAAGCUUUGCAUAUAUUUCUAGUUAUGCCAACUUCUCUAAGAAAUUGGCUAACAAGAAAAUUUUUUAACAUUUGUUAGGCGGAAAGAAAACUUAGUUGAAAACUUUUUCCAAAUUUAAUUACCAACUUAGAAAAGUAUGAUAUGAAGAGAGAAUGAGGUAAUUACAUAAAAGAUAAAAAUAAAAUAUAUUGCUAGAUAAAAAAUAAACUUGAAAUAAAAAAAUAGACGUGGCAUGCAAGUAAGUGUUUAUAUAUAUACAUACAUAUAUCCUUGAUAAUAAUGCAAGCAAGCAGUAUGGGAAUAGAAAAAAAAAUUAACAAAUAAACAAACAAACAAACUUUAUUAAUGCAAUUCACUACCACUAGCAAAUUAAAUGGAAAUCAAAUACACCACCUUAGAAGCUACAAAACAAAAAACUUUGCCCCAACCAACCCAACGCUGGUGUAAGAACUUUAAAUACAUACCUAUAUGUACUAGAUGACAAAGAGUGAGGCGGAAGAGUAAGCAGUAAACGAAUUAGAUUUUCAAAAAGUAUUUUGUUUUUCCUUUAAAUACACCAUAGUUUGUGUAGAAAUCAAGCUACGGCAGGCAGUGUAUUAUUGUGAGGAAAGUUUAGAAGAAAAAAGAAAUAUUUAUAAUAUUUAGAUAAAGAAUUACAUAUAUAUACAUAGGUGAAGAAUACAUACAAAACUCACACAUCAAAAAACAUACACUUAAUUGGAUAAAAAAAAAAUGUUAGUUUAAUACGAAGUACAGUUAAAAGCAGAAUUUCCAAUGUCACUAAGAGAAAGAGGAGAGCAGCGAAAAAAUUGGUAGCUCAUGUAGGGUCAAAAUUAAAUGAAAAUUUUGUGUAGAUAAAACAUAUAAACUGCCACUGACUGCUCUUGUGUGCGCAGCUGAAACUGCAAGUACACAAAAGUCAUACACACACACACAAACACACACGAUAUACUCAUUAUUGUGCAUAUAAAAGUUCGCAAACACUUAUACACAUACAACAUACACCCACAUAUACACAUACAUAAAAAAUAUGCAUAAGUAUUUCUUAAAAAAAAAAAACAGAAAUAACGCUUUUUUGCAUUUGUUGUCCGUUUUGCGUACCUAACCUCACUUCACAAAAAACCCCACUCUCCGCCGCCUAUGCAUUAAACGUUUCACUUGCUCUAGUGGCGAAGUACGGACAGCAACGCGUUUAUUGUUGAUUGUUGUUUUUGUAAUUUUCCCCAAAAAAAAAACCGCAAAAAAUUCUCUGCGUUGUUUGUCCUGCUGUAGUUGUCCUAAUUUUUAAGUAAUAAAUUUAAUGAAAAACAAAACACACAAAACACAUAGCAAAAAUGUGUAAACUAAAGAGAAAGGAAAGGAGAAGAGAGAAUUAAAAAAAAAAUUAAAAUAAUUAAUUUGUUAAUCUAUUUGCCUUUUUAUUGAGAAAUUAGAAUUUAUAUUUAAAUAAAAUAAAAGUGAAAGAGUAGAAAAUGUGUGAACAAAUAAAAAUAAGCAACAAAAUGUAUGUGUAUGUAAAUGCAGAGCAAAUAAAAUUAACAACAAGUUAAUAUGCGUUUGAGGAAUGACAACAAGAAAUGUUCAGUAAAUAAAAUUUCGAAAUUGUAGUGCAAGUCUUUUCACGCUCAUGAAACGCUUCUCAACAACACUAACAACUGCACGCACGUACGCACGCACGCACACAAACACACAGCGGCCGAAAGAGUGUGAACUUCAUGUGUGCCGCCCACAAGCUGUAUGUAUGUGUAUGUGCUUGUAGUAGCUGCAGUAUAGGCGUACGUAGGAUUUCCUAAAAAAAAACGAAUAAAAUAAAUAAAUUAAUAAUGGAAAAAUGAAAAAUUAAAUAAAUUGUAUGCAUAUAAAUUAACAGAUGCAAUGAAAGAAAUCAUUUGAAUAUUAAAAAUAUAUUAAACAAAUUCAAAAACAAGAAGUAAUGCAUAAUUCACACACUACAUACAUAACAGCAAGCAGUAAGAGAAUAUUUCGUAAAGUGUUCAUAUAUAAACAAAAAGAAAAAUAACUAAAUAUAAAAAGAGAAAAUAAAAAUAUAA